UUCGUUUUUAGGGCAAGAAUAAAAAUUAUUUCUGGAUUUUAAAAUGAAACGCAGAAUGUACGAGUUAUUUCUGAGUGAAAACGUAAAAGGAAUGCCACUUUAUAAUUUGUGUAGAAUAUGUCUUAUUGAAGACACAAGUAUAGAAGCAAUGACGCCACUAUUUGAUAAUUCAGAUAAACGUUGUAUUGAAAUUGUAAAACAAAUAGAAGAAUGUGGUGGAAUCGAGCUUAAGCAGCACGAAGAGUUUCCAAAAAUGAUUUGUUAUCAAUGUUUGGAAUCACUGAAGACAUCACACAGGUUUCGGAACUUAUGUCAGGCUAGUGAAAAUGCUCUGCUAUCCUACAUUGUCAAAUCGGAAGUUAAAUUAGAAACUGAAGAGUUCAGCACAGCGGCAAACAACAGUUUACGUACAACUGAAGUAGACGAUGAUAUGUUUUUAGAAUUGCAUACAGAAUUUAUAGAUGCCCAGGAAAUAGAUUUAACUGAUAUUGCUGAUGACAAGGACAAUAUACAAAUAAGUGACAUAGAUGAUGUAAGUUCAGUAGAGUUUAUUGAUGAGUCGAUAAGUGAAAUAGAAAGCAGUGACGAAGAGUUCAAACUUAAAAAAAAAGUUAAGCCACGCAAGGUUGGAAAACCGGGUAGACCCAGAUUAAAGGAUACAGUGCCAAAAAUUACAGUCAAGCGUGAAAAGAAUAAAAAACUUGAGGGUGAAAAAGCAAUAAUGUGCGAAAUAUGCGGUAACAUUUAUGCAACACGCAGUCAUCUAAAUAUGCAUAUGAGAAGACAUAUGUCGGAAAAGCCCUUUGUGUGCGAAAUAUGCCAAAAAACGUUUGCAUGUGCAGCGGAAAUAAGUAGACACAUGAGAGUUCAUACAGGAGAGAAACCAUAUCGCUGUAAAUUCUGUGGGCGUACGUUUUCUGAUAGGAGUUCAAAUAUUAAGCAUGAAAGAAUUCACACAAACACACGUCCUUUUACCUGUACUACAUGUGGAAAAUCCUUCACAUAUUCAAAUGUGUUAAAAAACCAUAUGUUAACACAUACGGGUGAAAAGCCUUUUUCAUGUUCAGCUUGUAACAAAACGUUUUCUCGUAAACAUCAACUCGAUCAACAUUGUGGAACAUUCACACACCAGCAAACAGUUAAGAAUUUAAACUCCACCACUACGGACUUUAAACAAAAUACUGUUAUAUUACAAAUAGAUCAAAGUAUAGAUGCAACAAAUGAAUAUUAAAAAAAAUUUAAAAUACUUUUACAGUUUAAAUUUUAAAUUAAGUAUUUUACUUAAGUUUACCAUAAGAACUAUAUAAUAAAAAACUUUAUGAGUAUCAUU